GAAAAAAAUCUCGAAACGGCAUCGUAAGGACCUCUUACAGUUACACACAAGUCGCGCUACUCACACGCUCUUGGUACCAUUUUCGAAUCUCGGUGGUAGGUACCACAGUUUCUUGUCUUCUUCCCCCUUCCAAACUUUGACUCAUUUCGACACGCAGCCAUUCUCAGACAAUGGCUGCUACUUUUUUUCACCAAACUGCAUGUCUUCAUGGUUGGCCUGUUGAUGUCCCUACUUUUGGAUCUUCUAGAUUAUUUCGGAAGUUAAUCUCAACGCGCUUUAUUUGCAAUGCUAGUCACCAUAAAUUGUACCCUAUUUUUGCAUCAGUUUCUCGUGCUUCUGUUGUUGAUCACACAUCAUCACACUCCACUUCUCAUCACUCAUCAACUGAGAGUGCUUUGAUAUUGAUUCGUCAUGGCGAGUCUAUGUGGAAUGAGAAGAACUUGUUUACCGGAUGUUGUGAUGUGCCUUUAACUAGGAGAGGAGUAGAGGAAGCCAUUAAAGCUGGUAAGAGGAUUAGCUAUAUACCGAUUGAUCUAAUCUUUACAUCUGGGCUAAUCCGAGCACAGAUGACAGCUAUGCUUGCAAUGACUCAGCACGUCGAAAAGAAGGUUCCUGUUAUCCUACAUAAUGAGAGUGAACAGGCAACAACAUGGAGUGGAGUAUACAGUGAAAAAACCACGAAGCAAUCCAUUCCAGUUAUAACAACUUGGGAGUUGAAUGAAAGAAUGUACGGGGAGUUACAGGGUCAUAACAAGAAAGAGACUGCAGAAAAAUAUGGGAAGGAUCAAGUACAUGAGUGGCGUCGAAGUUAUGAUAUUUCACCUCCCAAGGGUGAGAGCUUGGAAAUGUGUUCGCGGAGAGCUGUUGCCUAUUUUAAGGAUUUUAUUGAACCGCAGCUGAAGUCAGGAAAACAUGUGAUGGUUGCUGCUCAUGCCAACUCACUGAGGUCUAUUAUAAUGUAUCUGGAUGGACUGACCUCUCAAGAGGUCACUAGUUUAGAGUUGUCAACUGGUAUACCAUUGCUUUACAUAUAUAAAGAGGGGAAGUUUAACAGUAGAGGAAGUCCUGUGGGACCUACAGAAGCUGGCGUUUAUGCAUAUACUCAGAGCUUAGCAGUUUACAGACAACAGUUGGAUGAUAUAUCGCAUUGAAGUUAUUUUUCCCGCUUCAUGUGAAAAUAAAAAAUGGUAUAGACAUGGUGGUGUAUAUUCAUUUUUGGUGGGUGGUUUCAUAGUUUACUUUUUUGAGUGUGGCUGUUCUGAGAAUUUUAUCUGUCUUCUCGUAUGCCCUUAUAAGUUAUAACCCUUCCAAAAUUCAAGAUUAUCAGAAGGACUUAAUCAAUCAUGAACAAUUUCAAAUCUGUGAUGACAAAAGAAUGGGAGUCCCAAAGAUUUUCUGCACAGUUGCCCCUGAUCAAUUUUGGAUGGAGAGAUAGUGAAAAACAAGUAUGAUCAACUGAUCAUAUAUCAUAGGUAAAACUACCAUGUAUUAGAACUUGUAGGAAAAUGAAUUUACGGUUGAAGAAUGAAAACAAUAUCCCGUCAUUUAUACUUUUACAAAAGGGUUGUUCAUUUGUUGUCUCUCAUCAUAUAUAUGAUCAAGGAAAAAAACAUUUUAGGGAGUUGAUUUCGA